AUGACACCCUUUACUCUCUUCUACGCUUCUCUUUUUGCUUUGACCUUUUUCCAGGAGUGUUUCACAAUGCAACAUUCUUCACAACAUUUUGCUUUUGGUCCUUCAAAGAUAACAUCAAUGAGUUUCUCAAAAGUGGUUGGAAGUGGGGCAAGGGACAUGUUAACUAGAUCUGAUGCUUAUAAUGAUGCCUCAAGUGAUACCACUCUUUUCUCAAGUUCAUUACCAGUUUUACCCCAUGAGAAGUUGAUAUCCAAUAACACGGAGAAUGAUUUUCAAUCUUUAGAAGGCAAUGAUUUGCUAGAAGAACUUGAAGACCAUGCAAUUGGAAACUUGUUACCUGAAGAAGAUGAGCUUUUAGCAGGUGUAAUUGACGGUUUUGACCUCAAUACUUUCCCUAGUCGUGCAGAUGAGUUAGAAGAUUAUGAUCUAUUUGGAAGUGGAGGAGGUAUGGAACUUGAAUCAGACAUGGAUACCUUAAAUGUUAGCAUGUCAAAGGUAGGUUUGACUGAUGGGGUUGUUGGCAAUGGGGUGGCCCACUACACUCUUGCAAAUGGUGUGGCAACUGUUGCUGGCGAGCAUCCAUAUGGAGAACAUCCUUCUAGAACAUUAUUCGUGCGUAACAUAAAUAGUAAUGUUGAGGAUUCAGAACUCAGAACUCUGUUUGAGCAAUAUGGUGAUAUACGAACACUGUACACAGCAUGUAAACACAGGGGUUUUGUGAUGAUAUCUUACUAUGAUAUUCGUGCUGCAAGAACUGCCAUGCGUGCAUUACAGAAUAAGCCACUAAGAAGAAGGAAGCUAGACAUUCACUAUUCAAUUCCAAAGGAUAACCCGUCAGACAAAGAUAUAAAUCAAGGAACUUUAGUUGUUUUUAAUUUGGAUCCUUCGGUUUCAUGUGAAGAUCUUCUUCAAAUCUUUGGGGCAUAUGGUGAGGUUAAAGAGAUAAGGGAGACACCACACAAAAGACACCACAAGUUCAUUGAAUAUUAUGAUGUUAGAGCAGCAGAAGCAGCCCUUAGAUCCCUGAACAGGAGUGACAUAGCUGGGAAACGCAUAAAGCUUGAACCUAGUCGUCCUGGUGGAGCCCGCCGAAACCUGAUGUUGCAAUUGAGUCAAGAAUUCGAACAAGACGACACCCGAAGCUUUCGACUUCAAGUGGGUCCCUCAAUGGCCAACUCUCCUCCAGGUGUGUGGCCACAGUUUGGCAGCCCAAUUGAACACAGCCCACUUCAAAGUCUAAGCAAGUCACCCGUCAUGGGCUCCAUGAGCCCAACUCUACCGGGCCUGGCUUCCAUUCUGCACCCUCAACCGGCCCGAAUAGCACCAAUUGGCAAAGACCACACGCGUACUAACCGAACCCAUCUUGAACAAAAUCUUUUCAAUGGAAAUUCAAACACAUUUCAACACUCUCAUUCUCUUCCUGAAUCCAAAUUAAGCCAAUUUAAUGAUCCGAUUUCCUUAUCCUCAUUCAAUGGUGGUGGCUCAACCUCAACCGGUGGUGGUGGUGGUUCAGGAAUCGAAACAUUAUCGGGUCCACAGUUUUUAUGGGGUAGUCCCAAUAUAUACCCUGAACAACCCCAACAACCCCAACAACCCAAAGGACCUUCACCUAACCAUGGGUUUCCUAUUGCAACCCGAACCCGGUCACCAUCCAUAUCCAUGGGUCACCCGUUUGCCACAUCCAAGGGGCUGACCACCCAUGGGUUCCCUAUCACCGCCCGCCAUGGAUCUUUGCUUGGUUCGACCCAAGUCCAACACCACCACCACCACCAUCAACAACAUCAUGUUGGAUCGGCUCCAUCUGGGAUCCCGUUUGAAGGGCAUUUUGGUCUUGGUAGGUAUCAUGAAUCUCCUGAAACAUUGUUCAUGAGUCCACCAGCUUUUGGAGGUGGUGUGGGUGUGGGUGUGGGUUUGGGUCAUAUUGAUAGAGGAGGGUUCUUGGGUUCUCAUGGGUCUGUUGAAAAUGGUUCUCCAAGUUUUAGUCCAAGGCUUAGUCCCAUGUUUCUUGGAAACGGUCAUUAUCCCGGGUUGGGGCCCACGAUUGCUGAAACUAUGAGUGACCGUGGACGGAAUCGUCGGGUUGACCAGAAUGGAAGUCAAACAGAUAGUAAGAAACAGUUUCAGCUUGAUCUUGAUAAAAUCACAAGUGGGGAAGAUACUCGAACAACUUUGAUGAUUAAAAACAUUCCUAACAAGUAUACUUCAAAAAUGCUGCUUGCUGCUAUCGAUGAAAAUCAUAGUGGAACUUAUGAUUUUCUUUACUUACCCAUCGAUUUUAAGAACAAAUGCAAUGUGGGCUAUGCAUUUAUCAACAUGCUUUCUCCAACGCACAUAGUCCCAUUUUACCAGGCAUUCAAUGGGAAAAAAUGGGAGAAGUUCAACAGUGAGAAAGUUGCUUCCUUGGCUUAUGCUCGAAUCCAAGGAAAGACAGCACUUGUCACCCAUUUCCAGAACUCAAGUUUGAUGAAUGAAGAUAAACGUUGCCGCCCUAUUCUUUUCCAUUCAGAGGGCUCAGAAGUUACUGAUCAGGAACCACUAUCAUCAAGUAGUUUGAACAUACAAAUGCAUCGGUCAAAUGGGUCAGACUCGGGUGACUCUUCGGGCAGCCCUCUGAAGGAUGGGGCAGCUGAGCAGAGCUGACAGCAGGUGAAGCAGCAGUCUUGUUAGUGUCUAAAUAAUACUCAUUACCCAAGACUGCUGCUUUUCCAUCCGUACAUACAGUGUAUAGAAGAACUAGGAGAAAAUCGCACCAAAAAGGAAAAAGAAAAAAAGGUGCAGAUUUUGUGUAUUUUCGGAAAGAUAAUUUAAAAAAGAAACCAGAUGAUCAAAAGGAAUAUGUGUUUUGGCUUUUGGAAGAGGCGAAUGAUUGCAAUGUACAGGUGGAGGUUGCCGAUUGGUCGAAUCUUCUGUUCAUCGUCUCUUCGUUUUGGGGUUCUUGGUAUUUAUUGGAGUAAAAAAAUGGUGAAGUCUCAAAAGGGUUUCUUGCCAAUUGUAUAGUGAGGGCCUGUGGGGGGUAGAAUUGACUUUUCAUGUGUUUUAAAUCUCAUCUUUGGUUCACUAUUUGACGAAAAACUGAUGGGAACUGAAGUUGGAAAAAUCUUUGUUUUUGUGUUUAUGGUGGGUGUAUUGCUCCAAUCCUUUUAGUUGUUAUGAGCAGGUUUCAUGUUUAGAGGAACAACUGUUUCUUGUAGAAGUCAUUUUACAGGUUGAAUAUGUGGUUAUUGUGAUGUAAUGACUUGUAUUUGAUGUAUUAAAAUGUGUAUUAUAUUAUAACCAUGU